AGCUUGGCUGUGAAACAGGCCAAGAGUCCAUGUCUGCCAUGAAGAUAACAGGCACCUUUGUGCUCCUCACCGUGGCAGUUCUUUGCUUAGCAAAUGCUGCCAAAGAGAAUGAGGUAGACUGCAGUGAAUACAGGAGGUUAGAGAGAGGAAGACCUAUUUACUGCGAAAGACUCUACCAACCUUAUUGUGGCUCUGAUGGCAAAACAUAUAACAACAAAUGUUCUUUCUGCAAAGCAGUUCUGAAAAGUGGAGGUACCUUACACGUGAAGCAAGCAGGGGCAUGCUGAAUGAAUUCUGUGUGACAGAAGAGUGCUGAGAACAGCUUUACACUGCCUU